CUUGUGUAAUAUUAUAAAACUGCUAAGCAAACAAAAAAAAAAACUAAUAGUGGAGUUCUUCGUAGAUUCCGCCUCAAUUACCACUGACCAUCCAAUUAGCCUUUAGAAAGUAAGGUCACGGGGUUGCAGACAGUGAUUUCUCGUCUCUGGAGCAAAAAAUAAUAGUAUUUUCUACCAAACGAGUAGAAAGCAGACUACUACGAACCCGAAGAAAUCACGAUGGAAGUCCAGCGAAAGCAGAUCCUGAACCAGGAGAACCUGGCCUCUUUGGAGUCAUGGGUGCAAAGGACUGCCAUCAAACUAGUCCAAGUCAACGGUCAGCGGAAGUAUGGCGGGCCACCUCCCGACUGGACCGGUCCGGCACCAGGACCCGGGUGCGAGGUCUUCAUCAGCCAGAUCCCGCGGGACGUCUACGAGGACAAGCUGAUCCCCCUCUUCCAGAGCGUGGGCCCGCUCUACGAGUUCCGCCUGAUGAUGAACUUCAGCGGCCAGAACCGCGGCUUCGCCUACGCCAAGUACCGCGACCCGCAGAGCGCCGCGGCCGCCAUCCGCUGCCUGCACCAGCACCAGCUCCAGCAGGGGGCGCCGCUGACCGUGCGCCGGAGCACGGAGAAGAGGCAGCUCUGCCUGGGCGACCUGCCCGCCGGGGUGGACCGGGAGAGGCUGCUCCAGGUCCUCCGCGGCCUGUCGGAGGGGGUGGAGUCCGUCUCCCUGAAAUUCGGGAAGGGCGGGAAGAAGGUUACCGCCAUCGUGCACUACACCUCCCACUACAACGCCUCCAUGGCCAAGAAGGUCAUCUGUGAAGCUUUUAAGAGGAAAUUUGGAAUAAUCAUCACGGUGAAGUGGUUCAGCUUCUCCAACAAGCCCAAGCAGGACGAGGACGAGGAUGAAGAGGCGGGGGAACCCUUCCCUGCCACGAAGGGCUUCCCCAAACCGUGUCCUCUGCCGCCCUUCCGCCCCCUGGAUCGCGACCGCCCCCCUCCUCCCCCCCCCCAGGAGAACCUCCUGAGCCUCCUGACCCCCGGCUUGUCCCCGGUCGCCGGCUGCCCCCCUCCCGCGCCCAGGCGGGACGUCCCGGCGUCGACGGACGCCGUGGCCCUUCUGCUGCGAGUCUGCGAGGUCUUCAGAGUGGGGCCCCCCCUGUACGACCUGCAGUUCCUCCACGCCGGCGCCGACGGCUUCCUCUACUUCGCCUACAGGGUGCUGGUCCCGGGGCUCCCCGUGCCCUUCAGCGGCGUGGCCCAGAUCCUGCCGGGCACCAGCGCCCCCUUGCUGCGGGGGGAGGUACAGCGGGUGGCUGCCGAACGCAUUCUCAAGCACCUCGCUCAGCCCUGACGCGCACGUGUGCGUCCGUGCCGGCGCCCGCCCGCGUCCCCGAAUUUUUACCGUUUGCGUUUACGGUUCACCAUUUGUGUGGUCUUUCAGUCUGUGGUCGUGUUUUAUUUUUUUUUUAUUAUCGUUUUAAUUUUAAGUAACAGAUUUUAUUUGAAAUACUUGCACUCCUCUGUGUUGUGUGAAUGAGAGAUGGCUGUUCCUCCGUUGGAAGACUAAUGUACUGUGCAGGGAGCAGAUGAGGCCAGACCCUGCGACAUGACUUGCUCUGGUAGCCAGAAGCGCCCUUCUCUGGGCUGGUGUUAUUUUUAUUUUCUUUUAUCUUUUGCACUUCUGUAUAUAGUUUAAUUUUCCACACAAUUACCUUUUUCAUGACACUGGAUUGUUUUAACCAUUAUGCACUAAAUAGAUUAGGAAAUGUGUUGAGCACUGUCUAUUUGUUUUUUUUUUUUUACUUGUUCUCAUUAAAAUGAGAAAUUGUUGCACGAAAA